AUGUCCUUCAACUUCCUCCCAAACACUGCUCUCGCAGCCUGCGUCAACGAUGCAGGCGAGAUCUUCACUUACGCCCAAACCUACAACGGCGAGCUUGUUGAAAUCAAGGGAAAGCUCGCUGGCAAUCCCGCAACCUACGAAGUCACUGGCGACCAAACAGGCAUAGGCCUCACCAAAGAGUCUGGCAGCGCUCCCGCCAAGCGCUUCACUCCCCUCGCUGCCAUCAACUCCAAAUCCAUCUACUACAACGCCAAACGCCUCGUCUUCUUCGUCGACAAGCAAAACUACCUCCGCGACAUAUACUUCAACGGAACCAAAUGGGUUGAAGGCGAGCUUUACGACCAGAGAUGGCAGUGCGCCCCUUACUCCAAGCUCGCCGCUGUCCGCCUUGUCAGCCACGGAGGCUACGACUUCGUCUGCCUGUACUACCAGGACACAUCGGACACAGGCAACAUCGUCCUAGUCAACCACAGCCCUACCUACAAAUGGCAGACUGGCAACCCGCCCCUGGAUGACCCCCCUCUCGUCGGCACAGCCCUCACUGCCGUGCCCCCUCAGCCAGGAAUCGAAGUCAUCCGCUACAACAACCCCACCGACACAGACGACCCGGUCGUCUUCUUCCAGUAUGACAAACUCGAACUUGGUUCCUCCCAAGAUCAAGGACCCAACGACUACGCAACCUACUCCAUCAACGAUAAAACCAUCACCCUCUCCGCUCACUCAGCCAUUACCGCCGUCGAUGACAAAUCCAACUUCUGGGCUUUCUACACGACCGACCUCCAAAACCAGAUCUUCCGGCUCAAAGUCGAUGCAUCUGGCGCCGUGACCCAGCCGCAGCCGGUUGUGCUGGCCAACAACCCCAUCCCGGGGUCUUCUCUUGCCUCCAUCAUUGUCAAGGGCAGCCCUGAUGUUAUCGUUUUGUUUUACCUCCUGCAUUACGAGCCGGUCAAGGAGACCACCCAGGAGAUCAACGUCUUCGCUGCGACUUUGACUGCCAAGAGUGGAGGUGUUGAUGCAUGGGACGUCGAUGGUGGUGUCUGCUUGACCGCAGGGAACAGUUGA